CCUGUCAGACAGAUUAAUUUCAUGUUCAUUGAUUCCAAGCUGCAAAUAGUCAGAUAGUCAGCAAGAUGGAAUUCUCUGCUGCAAAUGUGGAGCAGGCAGUACAGCAGUUUUACUGCAAUGCUCAUCUGCAGCAAGAAGUUCAUCAGUGGCUCAACUCUGCACAGAUCUCAGCUGAAGCCUGGUCAUUUUGUUUUGAACUUUUGGCACCAGAAAAGGGUCCAGAAGUUCAGUUCUUUGGCGCCAGUAGUCUCCAUGCAAAGAUUUCCAGAUACUGGCAUGAAGUCCCAUCCAACCAGUAUCUCACACUAAAACAGAAGCUGUUAGAGAAGAUCAUACAGUUUGCUGACGGCCCCAAGAUGAUCUUAACAAGGUUAUGCGUUGCUUUGUCGUCGUACAUCAUGCAGACGGCCCCUGAAUCCUGGUCUGAUCCCGUAGAGGAUCUCAUCACCACAUUUCAGAGGGAAGAUGUCCCCAAUAUUUCAAGUUUCCAAAGGUGCCAAAUCUUGUUGGAUAUUUUAACAGUAAUUCCAGAGGAGUUUUUUGGAGCAAACCUGAGCCAACAAAGAAGGAUGACCCUGAGGUCAGAGUUCCAGAAGGGCCUUUUACGUGUGUUACCCCUCCUGCAAGAGCUGCUGAAUCCCCACUCCCCCACCCAAGUGUAUGCAGGUGCCCUGAAGUGUUUCUCCAGCUGGGUGGACUCCGGCAUCCCCAUCAUCGAGAGUGAGACAAUCAUCCUCCAAGUGUUUCAGUCCAUCCACAACCAGGAGCUGUUUGAGACAGCAGUUGAGACACUGUCCACCGUCUUCUCCCACCCAGAAUCAUACAGGUUUCCCUACACAAUUCAGAAGUUGCUGCCAAACAUAUUGAACCUUCAAGACAUGAUGAAGAAGGUCAUUGACGAGAAAGACAUGGAAACAACGCAUGGCCUGUGUCGGAUCGUCAUGUCAUUAGCUGAGACACACACCAAGUUGAUAGUCGAAUCCUCUCUUGGAGAGAACCAGCAACAUAAGAACAAUGUCAACGAGCUCAUUCAGAUGGUGCUGAGGUUCACGUCCCUCCCCGGACACUACCCUGUGGAUGAAGCCUGCAGUGACCUAUCUUUCACGUUCUGGUACAUACUACAGGACGAGCUUCAGGCUCUUGAUGCAAGUCAGUUCCGCAUCCUGCAGCCGAUCUUCCACCGUAUCUACUUCUCGCUGAUGGAGGUGUUGCUGACCAAAGUCCAGUACCCCAAUGACCAGGAGUAUGAGAGCUGGUCCAGCGAAGAGAAAGAGCAGUUUCGCUGCUACAGGCAGGACAUUGGAGACACGAUGAUGUAUGCCUUUAACAUCCUGAGAGAGCCUCUGAUUGGCUAUCUGUGCAAUAUAUUGAAGAAUCUCCUUCAGUCGCAAGAUUUACGCUGGCAGACUCUAGAAGCUAUGUUUUUCCUGUUUGGUUCUGUUGCUGAAAGUGUAGAUUUAGAAGAAACUGUGUAUUUACCGAUGUUACUCGAGAUGCUUCCCAGGGUGCCGUUCAACAACAUCAAGUUGAUAUCGACAGCUCUCUACAUGAUAGGCUCUUUCGGGGAGUGGAUGAACUGCCACCCCGACAGCCUGGGGUGUGUCAUCCCCCUCAUCCUGCAGGGUCUCGGCAACAGUGAGGUUGCCACAGCGGCAACAAUGGCACUCAAAGAUGUCACGAGAGAAAACCUAGAUCACAUACAUCCCUUCGCCCACAACAUCCUGGUGGCAAGUCAGGGCAACAUCCUCGUCGAAUCAUCGAAGGCCAGCAGUACUUUCGCAGCCGAGAUUGUUCCAGUUGCAGAGUUGGGCCUUUUUGAUGAUGAAGAUCCGAUCAUCAUUCCAGAUCAGCCGACUGCCGUUACCAAGGCCAACCUGAUUCUGAAAGUGAACCUGUUGAGCUGGUUGUUUGCCUCCCUGGACACAGAGCGAGACCAUGAUGGAGAAGACAGCUCGCCUGAGAAACAAAAACCCAAUGCAGACCAACCUAAACCUGUUUAUGUCAUCUUGCAGCAAGUGCUUCCAAUGAUCAAAGUCAUGGUGUCAAAAUGGUUGGUUGAUCCUGCAAUCGUAGAGGCAGUGUGUGAGCUGUUCAAGAAGGCCCUGCGCACUCUCAUGGAGGACUUCUCACCCAUGUCUCAGGAUGUUGCCCAGAUGACCAUUGAGAUGUACCAGGCUGUGCCCCAUCCCUCUCUCUUGGAUCUUGUCAGACAGAUGAUCCUGCUGUUUGGGACGGACCGCAACUUCCUACAGUUCACCAAGGUGCUGCUGAGCACCAUCAUCAAUAAGACACUGCUCAUGUACCAGGAUGUGCAGGUACUGAGGGCAAAUUCUGAUGUGAUAGAAAACUUUAUGACAUUACUGUCUCAGGUGAUGAAGAAGACUCAGCACUUGAUGACAGAUGGUAGCUGUAACCUGUCAGGUCUAUUCCAUGCAGGGAUCAUUGGAAUGGGAAUGCCGGAACAUGGAAGUGUUAAGAGUUCCUGCUCUUUUCUGGUGGAAUUCCUCCAUGUGGGAUAUGAAGUAAAAACAAUCAAGGAUGUCAUUGAGACCAGCGGCCAACUGCUAGUUGACAGGAUUCUCAGGGCAAUAGGAGGAGAGUCACCGAGAGGGGUGAUAGAGAAAUCCGACGUACUUCUUGCUCUCAACAAGUACCACUUCCCCCAUCUGACAGUCUGGCUGACAGAAAUUAUCAACAAGGAGGGCUACCCCUCGAUCAGGGCUACCAAGAAGGACAGGGAGAAAUUUGUCAAGAAUAUUCUCAGGGAGAAAGUUAACAAGCGGAAAGUACGAGAUUUGGUGAAGGAGUUCACGCUGCUAUGUCGAGGUCUGCUGGGAACGGAGUAUGCCGCCCAGGCUGCAGCGUUGAUAUAAACCCCAUCCAGAUGAUAUAUAC